CCAUUCUCUAGCAAGGCUCUUUAGCGCCAAGUAAAUUGUCAAAUAUGGCAAAGAACGUGGCCGCCACCGCCCUCUUCAUGGCAGCUGCAGCCAUUCUCUGCUUCUCUUCCCUCGCCUCUGCCACUGCCCGUGGCUCCAUCUCCGCCCCCACCUCAGCUCCUGCUUCCGCUCCUGCCUCCAACGACAUCUUGUACGUAGAGGGCAGAGUCUAUUGUGACACAUGUCGCGUCCAAUUCGAGACCAAACUCACUGAGUACAUGGAAGGUGCGAGUGUGCGCUUGGAGUGCAGGAACCGAACAACAGAUAAAAUUACCUAUACUUUUGAGGAUUUGACAGACAGCAAUGGGAUUUACCAUAUCCCGGUUGAGGGUGAUCACGAGGAGGAAAUAUGCGAGGUUAGAUUGCUGAAAAGUUCGAGGGACGAUUGUUCGGAGACGACGACAGGAAGAAGGGUUGGCAGAGUCCUCAUCACCAAGAAUGUUGGUGUGGCUACGCCUAUUCGCUAUGCCAAUUCUUUGGGGUUCCUGCAGAAGGUUGCUCUUCCUGGGUGUAUUAAAGAGCUUCAAGGCUUGGGCUUCCUUCCUUUGGACUAAAAUGCAACUUCCUUAUAUACGAACAACAUAUAUAUAUAU